AUGGUCACCCCCACAGUAUUCAACAUCACCAUGCACGGCAAGCCCUUGGGCUUCGUCUCCUUCAAGCUGUUUGUAGACAAAUUUCCAAAGACAGCAGAAAACUUUCGUGCUCUGAGCACUGGAGAGAAAGAAUUUCAUUAUAAGGGUUCCGGCUUUCACAGAAUUAUUCCAAGGUUUAUGUGCCAGGGUGGUGACUUCACAGGCCACAAUGGCACUGGCCCAAAGCACAUCUACAGGGAGAAACUGGACAAUGAGAACUUCAUGCUGAAGCAUACAGGUCCUGGCAUCUUCAUGGCAAAUGUUGGAUCCAACACAAACGGUUCCCCGGUCUUCAUCAGCACGGCCAGGACUGAGUGGCUGGGAGGCAAGCGUGUAGUCUGUGGCAAGGUGUAA